GAAAGAUCCAGCUGUGGCAGUCAUAGUCCGAACCGUGACCAUCAGAGACACGCCGGCAGUAAGGAGCCAGAUAUCUGACAUGGGCUGGAAGAUUUACAGCUAUAUUAGCCGGAGGAGUGCAUUCUAAGUGGUUCAAAGGACUUUGGACCUAUCACACAAUCGUUGCAGUUCCGGAUGAUAAUCAUUGUGGACAAAUUCCCGGAAUUUUUCAUGUUAACUUUUGAACCGAGGCAUCUAACUGACAGGACGCGUUUCAGCACCUGGACUCCCCGCUGUUCAGAGUGAUGUCACUCGGCGCUGUCGCACGUCGCAUGGUCACCUGCCUGCUCAACAUCUCCGAGGCACGGAAUAGGGACAUAGUGGACAAGGUAGCGAGAGCAGCCGUUUUAAAUAAGCACGGAGGGUGGCGGGAGGGGUCCACGGUUCUCAAUAUUUUUAACGACCACGACUACAACCGUUCCGUGAUCACCAUUGUGGCGAGCAUUGAUGACAUCGGGGACGCGGUGUUGUCAGCGUGUGAGCAGGCCCUGGAUAUGAUCGAUAUGACGGGCCAUGUUGGGGCUCACCCAUGCAUGGGUGCCGUUGACCUGGUGCCUCUCUAUCCCCUGGGGGAGGAUGUGGGGCUUGAGGAAUGUGGCAGGGAGGCCAGAGAGCUGGCCAGCAGGCUCACGCAGCGCGUUCCUGGCACCUCCGCCAUCUACUUUGGCGCGGCGGACUAUCCCUCGCACCGCGGCCUUGCUCAGCGCCGGAAGGAGGUGGGCUGGUUCCGGAAAAACCACGAUCUGUCCCGUGUCCGGCCAGAUGUGGGCAGAACACCCGAAAGCAGAUAUGGUUUGACAGGUGUGGGGGCCAGCCCGUAUGUCAUGAACUGUAACGUCACCCUCAGCACACAGGACCUCAGCGUGGGACGCCGGGUGGCCGCUUCCCUGCGCGAGUCCAGCCCGGGUGGGAUUCCGGGGGUGCAGGUGCUUGCCCUGCCACAUGAGGGCGCACUGGAGAUCGCCUGCAAUGUGGAGAGCGUACCAUGGGCCUCGCCUGCAGACCACUGGCCCACCUUUAGUAUAAGGGGUCAGCAAUUCUGCCACGCCCCAGCGUCCCUGAUCUCCACACGUGUAGAGCAGCUGGCAGGGCAAUACGGUGUAGUCACCAAGGGAACGGUGCUUGUGGGGUUUACACCCCAGGAAUGCAAGGGCCUUGCAGUGCAGGCUAUCGCUCAGGGUAUCGGUGAAUACUGGAAACACCAACGUGCCAUAUUUAUGUAAUGUCCUUUCACCAACACAAUGCAGGAGAUCUGACCAGCAGGCACCUGGGACACCCCACCUCUGACAGCUUUUGACCCAGCCAAAUGCAGGUCCAUGUUUCAGGCUCCUCCACCUGAACUGCCCUAAAUUAGCACGUCGUCCUGGGCUAAUUCUGGACAUUGGUUAGACUGUACGGAAAGCUGGACAGGGCUAUGAGCCCCGCUUCAAUAAAGAAGUGCGACCCCUUUUAUCAGGCUUAUCAGACAAAAAUUGAGGUCAGAUCUCUUCAUGAACCCAGUUGACAUUCUUUCCGUGACUCAACCAUCCAACUUCUUACACGGCACCCAAAAGUAGUCUGAAAUUCACUUAUCCCUUUACACAGUAAGAGGGUUACAGAAGUAUCCAGCUAACAGCAGCCACCACCUAUCUGAUCG